AUGGCAGAGGCGGAGGAGGAAGGGGCCGCCCCCAGAGCACAGUCCCCGGAGCCGCUCAGACCAAGGCACGCCCACGUACACAAGAUCCCGAGCGCACCUGGCCCCAACGCCCCCUCCCAAGACCCCGAGGGAGGUCUGGGGGGGCGCACAGCUGCAGAACCGUUCACUCGGGCCCCAUGCCCCCUGCCCCGCCCAGCCUCUUCUCCCCUCCUGGGUCCAGGGAGUAAGAAGGUGCUCGGGUGGGCAGACAGCGGUGUUAACAGUAUUGAGUUUUCCUUUGGUUACACAUUGAAGGCAAAGGUGAGCUGGACUUACAGUCAAAACGGAUAG